AAUAGUGUUCUUGGAACUCCUGCGUUGUACGACUACGACCAAAGUGCUGACAGUGCAAAAACAACCAAAAUAAAAACAAGAAGACUUGAAAUAUGUGGUGUGCAAAGUAAGAAAUCUAAAAUAAAUAUGGAAGAAACUGAGGAGAAUAAUGUAAAAAAAGAUGAACCUAAAGAAACGCACAACAAACCAUCUGAAGAAGCCUCAUGGUGGGGUAGUUGGGGACAGGGAUGGAUUGAUACCGUAAAGGAAAAGUCGGCUGUAACAUUGGAAAUGGUGAAAAAAGAUUUAAAUGAGUUUGUCGAUGUUAUACAAGGUGAUACAUCCACAGCCAUAUCAGAAACAGCAACAAAGCUUGAAGAGAAUGUAGAUGACACAAAAAGUACUCAUGAUGCCACAGCAAAAGUUGUAAAGAAGGGCAUGGAAGGCCUGUCAAAACUUUUGCACUCUGUAUCAGAACUUAUGGCGAUUGAUCCAGAUGAUUCAAAAGAUGAGUUUAUUACACUGACAGAUGACAGAUUUUCUUUACAAACAUACAACCGAAAACAGGAAAAGUUACACAUUAUUCAAACUGAUCCAGGAACAUACUGCAAUGAGCCUGAGGGUUUGUUUCGUGAGUGGUUGGAGGUGUUUAACCUAGAUGAUCAUAAGACAGAAAUGUCUGAACUUUUAGUUCAAAAUCCUGCUGUCAGAGCAAUUUAUACACAGCUGGUGCCAACAGCUGUGUCACAUACAGUAUUUUGGCAACGAUACUUCUACCAAGUUUUUCAACUGGACGCAGAAGAAAGAAAACGCGAAGAGUUGCUAGCAAGAGCGAACAAAGAAACAACGAAAGAAGAUGAUACUGAUGGUGGUUGGGGUGAUGAUGACGAUGAUGAUGAUAUAGAAGUGUUGGCAUCACCCUUUGUUCCAGCAUCUGCACAAGCAGAAAAUACACCCAACAAAGUUGAGGCAAUUUCCAAUGAAGAUCCUGUUGAUAGUAUCCAGGAUGCCUUAAAAAACACUGACAAGGAAUCUGACAAUAUUGAGACUAGUAUGCCAUUAAGCGAAAUUUCUGAUAAUGUUGACAAAAAUAAAGAACUAAUAACUGAAACCCUAAAUGUUCCAAUGGAUGAACCACUUGGUAAUUCGAUAAUGAGAACAGAUCUGCCUACAUCUUCAACUUUGGAAUAUGAAAUAAACGAACUUUCUUCAAAAACAAGAGAUACUCAUCUGAACUCUCAGCCUACAAAAAGUGAAGAUGUUUUGGCUAAAUCUUUUGAUACUAUAAGAACAGACUCAGAAUUGGAAGAUAAAUUGAAUAGUACUGAUUCGCAUAGUGAAACAAAAAUUACUGCAGAGAAAAAUGACUCGCCUAAUCAUUCUCGUGUAAAACAGGAAUUUUCCGAGACUUCAAGUGUUAGCUCAUGGAUAAGUAUUGAUGAUGACAUUAAGGUGAAAAAAGUUAAAGGGGAACAAGAAGUCAAGCCAGACAGUAAUGGUGGUUCAGAAGGCAAGUCUUCCAGUAACUCAAGUGCAGUCAUUGUAAACAAAAGCGAAGCAGAUGAUAUCGAUGAAGAUUUUGACUUGGAUCUUGAUGAUGAUGACGUCAAUGAAGAAGAACUUGCAAAAAUGGUUGAAGAUAUUAAAAACAAGAGUGCAGCAGGAACAUUGCAGGAUGAGGAUGACGACGAUUGGGAGAAUUGGGAAUAAUUUAUUAUCAUCCUUAAACCUAUAUUUUUUAACCAUUAUUCAUUUAUCAGUAUUUUAGUAGUACUAAUUGUUAUUUUGAAUAUCACUUGUAAUUUUU